AUGGCAGACUACGUGAAACAAUUUCAAGACGAGCUCAAAGCUUUGGACACCAAAUUUGCUGGUAACCCUGCUUUAGAACAAUUUGAAUCAAAGACGAAAUUACCCAAGUCUUAUGGUGUGCUUGGCGCCGCAUCGGUCUACCUUCUAUUGAUUUUUAUCAAUGUUGGCGGUAUUGGUGAGAUUCUCUCCAACUUCAUCGGGUUCGUUGUUCCAGCUUACUAUUCUUUGGUAGCUUUGAAGACCACUGCAACCAAGGACGAUUCUGAUUUGUUAACAUACUGGGUCGUUUUUGCGUUUUUGAGCGUGAUUGAAUUUUGGUCCAAGGCCAUUUUGUACUGGAUUCCCUUCUACUGGUUCAUUAAGACUCUGUUUUUGGUCUACCUAGCUCUUCCACAGACCAAUGGUGCUAACUUGGUCUACAAUACCCUAAUCAAGCCCGUUUCUGAUAGGUACAUCAAGGUUUCAGAGGACAAGAAGGACGAGAUUGCUGGAAAGAUGGAGAAUUUGACUUCUUCCAAGACAACUGGUUUCUCAGCCCAUUAA